UAGAAGAAGCAAGGGGAAAAUUGGCGUCUGCAUGACUGGCUCCUCGCUCCUGGGAGUCCACAAUAGCCGGAGAUUAAACAACAUGGGGGCAAUUCUGGCCGGAGCGUUCUCUGCCCUGGGCAUCAGUGAUCUCGGCUCUUAUGGGCGGUGGCCCCGGCAACGUGGCAGCCAAGCCAAGCCCUCAAUGGCCGAGGAUGGGCUACGACAAUCGUUGAAUAACGGAGCAACUGAAGUUAUUCAUCCAAGGCGCUGUUCGCCAGAGCUUCAAGGGCGCGGCCGAGGCAGGCGUGGCCGGAGGAGGAAGGCAAGAUACUCUCUGCAAGCAGAGCAGUGGCGCGCUCUCUCGAGUUGAUUCCUUCCAGCGCAGGGUGACUGACGGAGUGUUCAAGGCAGGCGCCGCCACCAUGCCCAAGUGCCCUCGCUGCCAGAAGGAGGUCUACUUCGCUGAAAAAGUAACCUCCCUGGGGAAAGACUGGCAUCGGCCAUGCUUGAAGUGUGAGAAAUGCAACAAGACCCUGACUGCAGGUGGCCAUGCAGAGCAUGAAGGGAAGCCUUAUUGCAACCACCCUUGCUAUGCUGCAUUGUUUGGACCAAAAGGGUUUGGCCGUGGAGGUGCUGAAAGCCAUACAUUCAAAUGAAGCUCAGGGCUCGAAGGAUGGGAUUUGCUGUGGAUUCUGGCAGUUUCACAAAUAAUAUUGCCACAAUGUGUUUUACCCCUUGUAGCAAGCUAGCAUAUUAUGAAGGCUUUCAAAAGGUAUAAUGCUAAAUAGCUGAAAGAUUUCCUGUAUCAGUGUGGAGAAAUAUUUUGGGAUGGAGACCAGAUUUCCCCCUCAAAUUAUAACACUGGAAGCUUCCUGGAAAUGAGUCCCUGGCAAAAAUCUAAGCCUGCUUUUAGGUCCUACUCUUCAUAAUUGUGAUUCUGUCUCAGUAAUAAAGUCUUGAAAUGAA